GACGAUCAGGCUCCAGAAUUAACCACAGAUGAAACAGGAAAUUCUGCUUUUGACUUGUCAUACCAUUAAGAGAUGACAUUUAAGUGUUGUCAUUUGGUUGUCAGCAGGCUUGCAUGGAUAGGACCCCUGAGCUGGAACUUUGAAUGGAAUGGAACCAUAAUCAACAUUACUAAUAUUACUUAAGUCCCUGCCUUAAAUAAAAAUGUGUUCUGUAACGGGUUAUUGGUCCCACGUGCUAUUGUUUGCAGCAGUAAAGUAGACAGGAUUACUUAUUGUGGACAUUUCAACAUCAGUUUUUUUAAUAGAAACUUUUAUUUGUGAGCAAUGACUUGUCUCCUUCACAUUUCACUUUUCAACAGUUUCUGGUGAAAGGGCAGGUAUUUGUGGAGUGUAUAUUAAUUUUAGUAGCUUUUGUAGUCUGUUGAUAUUUGUAGAAUAUAGUAGUUGUGAUGUUUUUGUUGUUACUCUGCAUAUUAAUCCACAAACAUUGCAAAUAAUUAGACACGUUUUUAUCUGAGUAUUAUUACAGAUGUCACCAUAGGUAAUAAUUGUGGGUCCGCCUGUUCCCAGCGUUGAUGUUCAAACUGGUGUCAGAUCAAAUCGAGUGAGUAGGAACUAUUAUAAUGCGAUGGCUCGUUUCACUACGGGCUGUUUUUGUGGACGGACGCGCAACAACCGGUUGCUCUCAGGGAACAAUCUGGAGCUCGUGUAUGAAAGGAGACGCUCGCAGCUUCGUCUUUGGUGAAAAUGGUUGACUGGAGUCCCAUAGCGAAGGUGUAUGAUCCUCUUAAGGCUGGCAGCAUCGACGGGACGGACUUGGAGCCUCAUGACCGGGCCGUGUGGAGGGCUAUGGGUGCCCGAUACAAGCCCAACAAGGGUGUCGCUGGAGAUCCGCUGCUCACUCUUUUCGUGUCUCGUCUGAACCCCCAGACCGACGAGGAGAAGCUGCACCAGAUCUUCUCCAAGUACGGAGACAUCCAGCGGCUCCGGCUGGUCCGGGACAUCGUCACGGGCUUCUCCAAAAGAUACGCCUUCAUCGAGUACAAGGAGGAGCGCUCUGUUGUCCGGGCCCGCCGGGACGCCAACAAACUGGUGGUGGACCAGUACGAAGUGUUCGUGGAUUUCGAACAGGAGAGGACCCUCAAGGGGUGGGUCCCGCGGCGGCUCGGCGGCGGGCAGGGAGGGAAGAAGGAGUCCGGGCAGCUGCGGUUCGGGGGCAGGGACAGGCCGUUCCGUAAACCCAUCCACCUCGGUGUGGGUCUGGUGCAGGACCGGGGAGCUGGAGGCAGGGAGUGGGAGAGACACGGGGCGAGAGACAGGGAGGACCGGGACCGACACAGGGAGGGGGAUUGGGGCAGCAGAGGGAGGAGAGACGACCGGGACAGAGGCAGAGAGAGGGACGACAGCAGGUACCGGGACAGGAGCAGGCACCGGGACAGGAGGUGAAACCGUGUAAAGCAACACGACUCCCACCUUGAUGGCGGUGAUGCACCUUAACGUUGGUUGCCACCCGCCGGUAAACCAAACGAAGAAGAAGAAGAAGAAGCCUCUCACCUGGUUCAUGUGCAGCUUGUGCCAGAUGUUCAGUGCAGCUGCUCCUCGAAUGUGAAGCCAAGAAGGCAGUGAAAGAAAGUUGAACUGAUGAGGUUUGCACAUGUUAGGACGUAUGGCAGGCUGACAGUUUAACGUCUCUGUGUCAUACAGACUUUUACCAAUGAGGACUUUUUAAGGCAUCAUAUGUGGUGAAACCCACUGAAGAGGAUUUUGUGCAACGCUCCUUCUAUACUCAAGAGAUUGUUACCAAAGUUUUAGAAACUUCUCGGUGUCCUCAUUCAUCGUCAGUUUAAGUUACUAAAAAUGUCCACUUGUUCUAUUUGUAAUUAGCGGCAUUUCACUCUGUUGUAAUAUGUUUUUAUUUCUGGCACUAGCAAUGGUGCUGUGUAAUUGCAAUGGAAAUAUAUACGUCAUCAAACAAAUGUAGAGGCCACCAAUAAGAAUAAUUAAAGGUGAAACUGCAUUAGUUAAUUAAGGCUUGAUUUUUAUU